CUUUUUGACCGCCCGCAAGCACAACUUGGUUUUUUCUGUAGCGGCCAACAUUCCUCUUUUCAUUCCUCUCUUCAUCUGAUCUAGCAGCAAUCAACUGCAUUCCCCGGGUUCUCUUCAUCAUGUUCACGCAACAAAACAGAAAGAGCCGGCUGAAGCAAAAGCUGACCUCGGGAGCACGAUUCACCUAUGAUGACGAACCGUACCCUACUCGCCUCAACUUUUACAAGGACCCACCUCCACUCGAAAUCAGUAUCGAAGAGUUUGAGCAGUUUGCACUGGACCGCAUGCAAGUCCUGACUACGCUGCUGACCGCACAGACGCGAAACUUGACACCAGACCAGCUGGACAAGGCUAUGGGCGACGCAAUUAAGAAGUAUAUGCCGAUGUCUCCUAACAGGACGCCGAAUGUGACACAUGGGCAACUGAUGGACGAGCGCCGGAAGGAUCAUGUCAGCCAUUUUAUUCUGCGAUUGGCGUAUUCGCGAAGUCAGGAACUCAGAUCAUGGUUCUUGCGCGCCGAGUGUGCACUCUUCAGAUACCGCUUUGAGAAAGAACUAUUGAAGGAUCAGUUGGAGUUUUUGGAGAAACAAAACCUGAGCUGGAAGAAGGUCAGCGACGACGAUAAAAGGCUACUCAAGGAUAAAUUGAAAGCUUCGUCGUUCAAGGCUCAGAACGUGGAUGAAGAGACAUACUUCGAAGUUGACUUUGAGAGAGUUACUGGACUGGUGGCUCGGAGACAGGUCUAUGUUCAGGCAGGAAAGGCCUAUGUCCCCCUGGCAGAUCAGGUUGUCUUGGUUUUAGACGAAUUCAAGGAACGCCUCUCUCACGCAUUGGAGGUCACUGGAAGGGCUCUGCCAAGGAUGGACGAGGAUGAUCGAUUGAUGCCAGUGCUGAACAAUAUUAACAAGCAGUAUUUGGGUCGUGAAUUCACGACUUCCCGCAUUGCGGGCGAAAUUCAGGCGCAAGAUGUCGACGCUCUCAAGGUUCAUAUGCCUCUAUGUAUGGAGCACCUCCACAGCGAAUUGCGACGGGAAAAACAUCUGAAGCACUGGGGAAGAAUGCAGUAUGGCCUGUUCUUGAAGGGCAUAGGUCUUUCGUUGGAGCAGGCGCUGAUCUUUUGGCAGAUCGCGUUCGAGAAGCUGACGCCGGAUCAGUUCAACAAGCAGUAUGCGUACAACGUAAGGCACUCGUACGGUAUGGAAGGAAAACGCACCGACUACACGCCUUAUAGCUGUCGGUAUAUCAUCCAGAAUAAUGCUCCAGGACCAGGAGACCAUCACGGCUGCCCGUUCCGGCACUUCAGUGCACCAAAUAUGCGUGCGACGCUUGCAGCUCACCAGGUGGACGAUUUCGAUACAGAGGAUAUUCUCCAACUUGUCCAGGGCAAACAUUUCCAGAUCGCAUGCACACGGUACUAUGAAGUCACUCGGGCCAAGAUGCUGGACGUCUCGACCAACAAUUUGAAAGGCGGUAGUAUGAGCGGGCAAGGAGAUGCGAGUAUAGUGGCCAGUCAGGAAUCGAUCGAACAUCCGAAUCAGUUCUUUGAACAGAGUUUCUUGUUGAUGCAGAGUCGGAAUGCAGCAUCGACGGCACAGGGACAGGAAGGGGCAGAUUCUAUGGAUGGGUUGACAGCGCAGCAGCCGUUGCAACCUACGAUCAAAGGACAGUACACUUACAAAAAGGCAGGCGCACAAAUAUCCUCACAAGCGAACCACGACAUGGAGUUAUGAAAAAUUAUCUUUCUAGCGUUUCGUAAUACAUCCUUUUAUUAUAUUCAAC